CAGGCUGUUGGGGGGGAGGGCAGGCGGCGGCUCGCCCUGGUUGGCUGGAGGCUUCAGCUGCUUCCCGGGAACGCGGGGUGGGAGUGCAGAGCCUGGGCACGCUCGGCGCGCGGAGCUUUCUUGUGCCCGCCGCCUGUCCAGGAUGGCUUGCGAGAUCCUGCCUCUGCAAAGCUCCCAAGAAGAUGAACGGCCUAUGUCACCCUUCUAUUUAAGAUAUUUAGAGAAGACAAUCCGCUCAGCUGUGGAACAGCACCUUUUUGAUGUUCAUGGCUCAGGAGGGCAGAGUUCAGAGGACUCUGAAUCAGGAACAUCUUCAACCUCUUCCAACGUGUCUGCUAAGCAGAGGCGGCGGCAUCACAAAGAGCAAGAUGAAGCCCGAAGAAAUAGAGACAUGGAGGUCAUCAACAAAGAAAACAUUCCCUCUGGAUUCAGCAGCCUUGAAGAUUGUAUUCUGACUGCUCAGGAAGCAGAAAAAUUACAAGACAACAACUCGGGGUAUAUUGGAGAGAGGAAUAAACCAAAGCGGCAGAAAUCCAGCACCAAGCUUUCUGAGCUUAAUGACAACCAGGAUAACCCUGUGAGUAUGGAAAGCUUUAGCUCACCAAGGUCUGUAGACAGCACAGGACUCGACGAUAUGGAAGUUGUAUCUGAAGAAAGCAAAGAAAGUGAGAACGAUGAUGUUUUUUUCAAGCAUUCAGAGCAGAUUUCAAGCAUGAAGAUUCAGGAGCAUCCAAGCAUUCCCGAAACCAAACUGCAGAGGACACAAGAUGCCGAUGGUCAAGAAGACAGCUUUGUCUCAGAAGUGCCACAGCUUGACUUGACCGCACUGUGUGAUGACAACCACUGGGAAGAGCCCAUCCCAGCUCUCUCCACCUGGCAGCGUGAUGGCUUUGACUCCGACGAAGCCCGUCUCUCCCCUCAAGCCGGCCAUCUCAUCCGCCAGCUUUUCGAUGGGGACAGCGACCCUAUGCUCUCCCCUCGCUUCUAUGCUUAUGGACAAAGCCAGCAGUACCUGGAUGAUACAGAAGUUCCUCCUUCCCCUCCAAAUUCUCACUCGUUCAUGAGGAGGCGGAGUUCUUCCUUAGGAUCUUACGAAGAUGACAGAGAAGACUUGACCCCUGCACAGCUCACCCGGAGGAUUCAGGGACUUAAGAAAAAGAUCAGGAAAUUUGAGGAGAGAUUUGAAGAGGAGAGGAAAUACAGGCCAUCCCAUAGUGACAAAGCAGCCAACCCAGAGGUAUUGAAAUGGACAAAUGACCUUGCAAAAUUCCGGAAGCAGCUUAAAGAGUCAAAAUUGAAGAUAUCUGAAGAGGAUCUGGUUCCUGUGACGCGCCAACGGAGCAACACUCUCCCUAAGAGCUUUGGCUCUCAGCUUGAAAAGGAGGAGGACAAGAAACAAGACCUGUCUGACAAAUCUGCAAAGCCUGCAGUUGAAGCAACCCUAGAGUCCGUUCAGAAGAAGCUCCAAGAAAAACGAGCAGAGACAAGCAGGCCCGAGGACAUUAAGGACAUGACUAGAGAUCAGAUCGCAGCUGAGAAAGUGGCUCUUCAAAAAGCACUCUUGUACUAUGAAAGCAUACAUGGAAGACCGGUAACAAAAAAUGAACGUCAGGUGAUGAAGCCAUUGUACGACAGGUACCGCUUGGUCAAGCAGAUCCUGUCCAGGGCCAACACCAUCCCUAUUAUUGGUUCCCCUUCCAGCAAGCGGAGAAGCCCUUCACUGCAGCCAAUUAUCGAGGGUGAAACAGCAUCCUUCUUCAAGGAGAUAAAGGAGGAAGAGGAAGGUUCAGAAGAUGACAGCAAUGGGAAACCAGAUUUCACAAUCACAGUGAAAACGGAUUUCAGCAUGCGUAGCUUCUUGGAUCAGCUAGAAGAUGAUGCUGAUGGCUUCAUUUCCCCAGUGGAUGAUAAAAUGCCUUCAAAGAGUGGCCAGGACUUGGGGCUGUCUAACCUUCAUGCUGCAUCUAUGCCAGAACUCUUAGAGCAGCUUCAAGAAGUCAGGGAAGACAAAAAGCGGAUCAGAAAAAAAUUGAGAGACUUUGAAGAUAAUUUUUUCCGUCAGAAUGGAAGAUAUGUCCAGAAAGAAGAUCGCACUCCUAUGGCUGAGGAUUACAAUGAAUACAAGCAGAUGAAGGCAAAGCUGCGGCUGCUGGAGGUCCUGAUCAGUAAAAGAGAUAUUAGCUCCAGGAUCAUGUAAAGAAGGUGAUCUGACCUUGCAUCUAGGUUAAGAAGAGACCGAGCCAAAAGAAUGAUCACAUGAAGAACGCAGCAGGAGCCUGACAACAAGAGGCUUAGCAGCUGUCCAAGAACUGAACAGCCAUUUCUGGAGGUGGGAGGGGGAGGAAGUGUGGCUUCAGUCAUUCUUUGGACUUGCCUAUCAUCCACCCUGCCUCCAGGCCCAUCGUCCAAACUGGAGCUUGCCAGCGAGAGAGAGAUGAUGCUGUGCUCAGAGACUGCAUUUAGGAGGGUCCUUUGCUUUGAUUCACUUUCAAAUCCUGUACUGUUUAGAAUAUCGGUCAGAUGAAUUAUUUUUUCCAAAGUACCAUAGCAAGAGGCAAACUAGUCUGAAUUAGCAGUGAAAUGCCAAGUGACGUCCACUGGUUUACCAAACGAGUUUGAUCUAAGAUGUUGGGAAGCACGAAGACUGUUCUUUUGUAGCUGCAGUAAUAUUUGCUCAGGCUCUCAAGCUACCCGUAGUUUUGGAAUUUUAGCCUUUUGACUUGCACCAUUUCACUGGUGAAGAACUGUCACUGCACCCUGCCUGCUGCAUUUGGCCUUUGCUGUGGCCUUUCCCAGGGCUGUUUAUUUUUCUGGGUUUUCUUACCCACGUUUUCUGUUGGGCUAGAUAAUAGUUGCAACUAAUUUGCAUAGCAAAGGAAUUCAGCAGUGUGCUUACUAGAACUUCAAAUUGGAAGUUAGCACUUUGACAUCAAGAUUGUGAGUGGGCAAUGAGGUCAAAAGGGAGCUUCUCCUGGCAGCAGUUUGAAUCCAGUUGCAUUGUAGUAGUUUUGGUGACAUGAUCAAAUGAAUUAUCUGUUUUAUCACCAUGGAUCUCCUGGUUCAGAAAUUUAAUAAUCAGAUUGACGAUCUGCACAUAUUAACUUGUAUGUGUCACCCAGCUUCUGUUAUCAUGCUGACAUUAAAUAGUGAACUAGACAGUCCAUACAUUUGUCGUAUGUAUACUCUAUCUUUAAACGUUGUCCCUUUAUGCAUCUAGAUGGCAAGACCAAAUGAAUUGCAGCACUGAUUGACGGGUACAGAGCAGAGAAUGCUGCCAGAAGAGAAAAUCUCUCUCUCAGUUUCUGACCUUUGAAGUGCCUUAUGGCUGAGGUCAGGAUGCAGCACUUGCCAUUUUCAAGUCAACACUUUAGAGUUUUCACUCUGGUUUGUUAGAGAAACUUGUAUCAGAUGCUCGUUAGACACUUGCUGAAUGAGGGAGGGAAAGGAGUAUGGUUUAGGGCUCCCCUUUCUAUUGUAACAAGCCCUUGUGCUCUACAGUUUCCCUCCUUUAUUCUUAAGGACUUGAACUUGAAGAUAUACACAGCCCAGAGUGUGCAGGGCAGCACUGCUAAAGGAACUGGGGUGAGAAUUCUGAUGCCAUCCCUUGCUAUGUUGGUGGAGCAUGCUGGCAUAUCCUAAACCCAUCCAAUAGCUAAUGCAAUGGAAGUUGAGUGGAGCCAUUGCAGUUGUGGCUAGCCCUCAAACA